UACUGCUUCAGUUUGGUGCUUAAACGCGUUGCGCGUACUUCAUUAAGCUGUAAUCAAUUCAGCUGGUGCAGCUAUCGCUUAGUAUACACACCAAUAAGAGAAAAUACUUUCUUAUGCUGUGAUCAUCCUGAUUAAAUAUACUAGCAAACUUUACAAACAUUUAAGUUAUAAGAGAGAGCUCAGUGAAUUUAAAAGAAUUGUGAAUAAUUUAACUGGAGGCCAUGGAGAGCAAAGGAUUUAACCAGACUUUUAAUUUAUUUCUGGCUAUAAUUUUAUUUUCUAAUUUUUGUGAAACUUUUGCAGUACGUGUUGCCAACUCACAGCAAAAACAACGUAUAAAAGAAAAUCAAGCCGAUCUGUCACCAUCGGGGUCCUUCUGGCAGCAACAUGUGGCAACUCCCAGUAGCUCAGGUGCAUUUGAUUCAACAUUUUUUUCUGCAGCACAUGGUCUUGUGCAAACUCACCCUUCUAUAGGUGCAAGCCUUCCAGGACCCGCUCCACUGAAUAGCAAUAGUCUUGGGACUGGCGUACCCGCCUCGAACGUUGUUGGUAGUAAGCCAUCCUUGACAGCUGGAAGCGGGUACCUAAACUCACGCGGAAGUCUACCGACCUCUGCUCGUUAUCCAGCUAAUAAGAUCACAGGCACAGUCGUAGAACCGAAUCCGAAAUCUCCAUUCCGACACUUAGAUUUCUCCACUAGUGCGACUGCCGAGCUGCGACGCAAUCCUGCACUAUCUGCUCCUGAUGAAUGUGCAAGAGCUUGUCGUGAAGGCGAGCCUCCAAGAAUUUGCUAUUAUCAUUUUACGUUGGAGUACUACACAGUGCUUGGCGCGGCUUGCCAGGUAUGCACUCCAAACGCUACAAACACGGUUUGGAGUCAUUGUCAGUGUGUCUUAGCUGACGGAGUUGAGCGCGGAAUUCUGACUGCAAAUCGAAUGAUACCCGGCCCUAGCAUUCAAGUAUGCGAAAACGAUAAGGUUGUCAUUGACGUAGAGAACCACAUGGAGGGAAUGGAAGUAACUAUACACUGGCACGGCAUAUGGCAGCGUGGUUCUCAGUAUUACGAUGGCGUUCCCUUCGUUACCCAGUGUCCCAUUCAGCAGGGUAAUACUUUCCGUUAUCAGUGGACAGGAAACGCGGGGACGCACUUUUGGCACGCUCACACUGGUCUACAGAAACUAGAUGGACUUUACGGUAGCGUCGUUGUUCGCCAGCCACCUUCACGGGAUCCUAACUCUCACUUAUAUGAUUUCGAUUUAACAACCCACAUAAUGCUUAUCAGUGACUGGUUGCAUGAAGAUGCUGCUGAACGGUAUCCCGGACGUCUUGCAGUUAACACAGGGCAAGAUCCUGAAUCCAUGUUGAUCAACGGAAAGGGCCAAUUUCGUGACCCCAAUACCGGCUUCAUGACUAAUACACCAUUGGAAAUAUUUACAAUUACACCAGGCCGUCGUUAUCGCUUCCGGAUGAUAAAUGCAUUUGCUUCAGUCUGUCCAGCACAAGUUACGAUCGAGGGUCACGGGAUGACGGUGAUAGCAACCGAUGGUGAACCUGUGCAUCCUGUUGAUGUCAACACAAUCAUUUCAUUUUCAGGUGAGCGUUACGAUUUCGUAAUAACCGCGGAUCAACCUGUUGGAGCUUAUUGGAUACAACUACGUGGACUUGGUGAGUGCGGUAUUCGUCGAGCUCAGCAACUGGCUAUCCUACGGUACGCCCGAGGACCUUAUCAGCCGGUCUCUUCGCCGCCAACAUACGAUGUAGGAAUACCGCAAGGUGUGGUCAUGAAUCCUUUGGACGCUCAAUGCAACCGACAACGAAACGAUGCCAUAUGCGUAAGCCAACUUAAAAACGCUAUCGAGAUUGAUCGUGGUAUAUUGGCAGAGAAGCCAGACGUGAAGAUUUUCCUACCGUUCCGUUUCUUCGUAUAUAGAGCUGAAGAUCUUUUCCAGCCAAACACAUAUAACAGAUUUUUAGUGGCACCCACCGGAGACCAUGUAAUUUCACUUAUCGAUGAAAUAUCGUACCUAUCGGCGCCAGCGCCACUGACAUCGCAGUAUAAUGAUAUCAACCCAGAACAAUUUUGUAACGGAGACAAUCGUCCCGCAGACUGUGGACCAAACUGCAUGUGCACUCAUAAGAUUGACAUUCCACUCAACGCUAUUGUGGAAGUGGUUUUAGUCGAUGAAGUCCAGCAGCCCAACUUGUCGCAUCCUUUUCAUUUGCACGGGUACGGGUUUAGCGUCAUUGGAAUUGGACGAUCCCCGGAUUCAUCAGUGAAGAAGAUCAAUUUAAAGCACGCAUUGGACCUUGACAGGCGCGGACUUUUACACCGACAAUAUAAUUUGCCACCGACUAAGGAUACGAUUGCAGUACCUAACAACGGCUAUGUUGUGCUGCGUUUUAGGGCUGACAAUCCAGGCUUCUGGCUCUUCCACUGUCAUUUUCUAUUCCACAUUGUUAUUGGUAUGAAUUUGAUUUUGCAGGUCGGCACUAACGCUGAUCUGCCACCCGUGCCACCAGGUUUCCCAACAUGUGGCGACCACACUCCACCCAUUCCAAUAAACUAAGACUAAAUCGGGACGACACACCCUUAAACGAUGCCUCAUGGCAAAACAAUUGAAAAUGAACAAAACAUUUUCUUAGAAGCUAAAAAGACCAACAUACUGAUUGAACAGUUUGUAAAAAGCUUGCCCAUUCACAAUAUUUUUUUAACAAGAUUGUAUAUACUCUUUUUAAAAUAGCACAUCGCACAGAUUUCCUUUCCAGUAAUGAAAAUACUGCCAGUUGUAUAUUAUUAACAAUAUUCCGAGGAGUAUUGAUUCUUUAUCUCCUGUUUUAACCAGAAACCUACUGUCAAAUGUAUAUAUAGUAAUAUAUGUGUAUUUGUAGGAACUAAAAAUGCAAUACAUUAACUUAUUUUAUGAAAAACCCUUUACUUUUUACUUUAAUGUUUGAAAUGACUGCAAGCAAAUUUACCUAUAUUUUCCGCAAAAGAAUUUCAGUAUAUUUUAAUCUAUUAGCAUUUUCAUUGUUUAAUGUCUUCAUGUAGAAUUAUUAACAAAUGUGUGCAGUUGUGUUCAAAAUAACAGCAGUAGGACAAUGUUCAAUAACACUUGCAACAUCAAAAAUGUACCUCAAUGGAUGCUAUAUUUUUGAAUUCGUUACGAAUACCCAAGUUAAACUGCAUUUUCCUAAAAGUUGUCCGACAUUUCUUAUCCAGUUAGUCUAAUAGUACAAUGAAUACAAUGUUACAAUGAAAAGAUAAAUUACAACAAGAAAAUAUUAAAAACACAGGGCGGCAACACUACUACUAUUUUUACCGCAGCUGUAUGCUUUUUGACUAUGUUUUCUAGAAUUU